CUUGCCGUGUCGUGGUAGGAUCAGAAGGCCAGUGAAAAACGUAUCCAUGACGAGCAGUCGUACAAUGAUUCAAUGUGGCUCCACCGAUUUUGUCGUGAAUUAACUGUUAGAGUGCAUGAAUGAAGGUUAGCGGCGUUUUCAGUUGUCAAUGAAGUCUCUAGCUCUCAGUCCCUGAGUUGAAAAUAGUUUUUGCCAUUAAACAUAAUGAGUAACUUCAAGCUUUUGGAUCACGAGUACCUCUCGUCUCAAGAGUUGGCCGGGUUUGAAACGUACAAGUACAGUUCCAUAGACAGCAGCCCCAUUGGAAAAUACAUCACUCAUCCAUUUUGGAAUUUUGUUGUGAAGUUUUGCCCCACAUGGAUUGCUCCAAAUGUUUUAACUUUUACUGGUUUCCUUUUCACUGUAGUGAACUUUGUUCUUUUUGCUUAUUAUGAUCCUAAUUUCUUCGCAUCUAGUAUUGAUAAACCUCAAGAUCCACCUCUGCCUCGCUGGCUCUUUUUGCUGGCAGCCGUCAACCUUUUCUUGGCUCACACCUUAGAUGGCAUUGAUGGUAAACAAGCUAGAAGGACAGGGACAAGUGGCCCAUUGGGUGAGCUGUUUGACCAUGGCUUGGACUCCUGGUCUUCUGCUUUCAUUCCUAUAUGCCUUUAUUCGGCCUUUGGAUGUGCUGACCUCACUACAUUCCGAAUGUUUUUCUGCCUGUGGAAUGUGUUUUUUAAUUUCUACACUUCACACUGGGAAAAGUACAAUACUGGAAUUCUCUUUUUACCAUGGGGAUAUGAUGGUGCAAUGAUUGUUGUGAUUUUCUUGUUUACCAUCACAGGCAUUUUUGGACAUGAAAUGUGGUACUUUUCAUUAUGGAAUGGAUUCACUGCUAGUCACUUGUUUGAGUUCCUCUUUUAUUUUAGUGCAUUAAUUACAAAUGUACCUGUUGUGCUGUUGAAUAUUUACCUGUCUUACCGAAAUCGCACUGGACGAAUGCGACCAUUUGUUGAAGCAGUAAGACCUCUUUUCCCAGUUUGCUUGCUUAUGGCAAUUUCUACUGCAUGGGUUGUGUGGUCCCCUAACGACAUUGUUUCAGCAGAUGCACGGAUCAUGUUUCUGUGCAUUGGGACUAUAUUUUCAAAUAUCUGCUGCCGAUUAAUUGUAGCACAAAUGAGUGACCAACGUUGUGAUGCUUUCAACUUACUCCUAAUACCUCUUAGUGCUGUGGUGGCCUGUGUGUGGAUUCUGCCCACUGGUCGAUCCCUUAUGUUUGAGCAGGGCCUUCUCUAUCUGCUCACAACGAUAGCUAUAUGUGCACAUACUCACUAUGGAACUUGUGUGGUACGCCAAAUGUGCCGCCACUUCCGCAUUGAUUGUUUCAGAAUUCGGCAACACACAGAUUGACUAUUAGCCGACAACAUGUGUUAACUGGUUAUGAUUGAAGAUCAUAAUCAGUUAAAUUCCAAGAGCAAACUGCAGGUAUGUGAGGUUCUAAUUCCUGUCAUUUUUUUUUGUUUUAAAAGCCUUUUGUCUUGUCAAUUAUGCAAUUGAGUCAAAACCUUCAAAAAUUAGUUUUGAAUGGACUUAAAACAUAUUUGACUCAUGUUUGUUCGUCUUCUGUUCAAUACAGGAAUUUAACUUAAUUACCAAAGAAAUUAUACGCAUCUUUCUAUGUGUGUAUGUGUGAGUGAAUCAGUGUGUGAUCAUACAUUUAGCGUAAGGAGGGCCUGUAACUCUUCCCAGAAGUGCUUCAGAUCUCAUGUGAAAUGCUGAAACUAAGAUAUGUAGAUUCUGGUAAGGUAGUUAAUUCACUUGUAUUUUUUCUUGUCUUCUUUAUUAAGAUGUGAAACUUCCUAGCUGUUGAAAAGCAUUGUUACAAUCACCUUAUUGUAUUCCAAACUCCCAGCUAUCAUAGCAUUCCCUACCUAGUUUACCAUAGGACUAUCAACUCCAAUCAUAUAAGGAAAUUCAUAGAAAAAAAGUAGAUUCUUGUUACUUUUUGUUUAAUUUUAAAUUUUUGAAUCAAAUUAUUCUUGCACUUUGCAUAUCCUAAGCCUUAUUCCUAGGAUAGACUUUAAGUGGUAAGUCAUGCACUUUAAAGUGAGAAUUUCUCCUCUCCUUAGUCCUAAGUUUCAAAAUGUGGCUUUGUUGCCAUUCCUUAUUAUUUUCCACUGCUGCCAUCACCAUCAAUAAUUAGUACAUUGACAGUCAUCAAAUUUAUCAUUCUUGUAGUUAGCAGCUAAAGAGUUCUAGAAAGAAAGAAGUCAGAGAAAUUUCCUCAUGCUAAGUGAGGGUACUUAUUUAUGUUUAUUUCAUGUUGAAAUGUUUCAUAUGCUUCCAUCGACAAAAUCUGUGGUUCUGUGACAUUUUUCUAUUUUUAUGAUAGAGGUUCAGAAAAAUUCCAUACGUCUCAAUUAUUUUAGUUGGAUCCAUAUUUGAAGUACAGUACUUAUUUUUGUGCCCUUUCUCUUUCUAUUAGAAAAAUAUCUUGAAGAUAUUGACAACUUUCAAUAACUUUGGGAUAUUUAACUACAAUUGCUUGCUGUCAAACUCAUAUUCUAAAAUUCAGACUAAGUUUGUCAUUUGUGAUAACCAGGCUAAUGAAAAAGUGACAAGUGUAGUUGUAGUAUCAUAUUAUUGUGAUCUAGGAAAUGGAGGUUACUGUGACAUUUUAGCCCUGUGUUCAAAUUGUGGUGCAAAUCUUUAUUAUACCAUGGCUGAGGCAUUGUUGAAAAUUUAUCGAUGUGGUAAUUUUCUUCAGUGCCUUGUAUUGUGUUCUGAUAAUUGUUAAUAAAUUUUCCGAGAUAACUGAACGGAUAUGUGCAAAGUUACAAUGUCUCCAACAUUUAAUAAAAUACACUAAGUAAGAGAUAAUUUUUAUGUAAUGAAACAAAGACAUGCAUAUAGUUUGUUCUCCUGUCUGGCUUCAGUUUGUGUUCUUCAUGAUGUGACAACUUCCACUAAACUGUUAUCAUCAUAAUCUUGUGUAUUAGAAAAUCCUUAUUAUUUUGAAUUUGAAAGUGCACAUUCUGGAGCCUGUUCUUUACCUCAAAUAACAUCUGUUCUCUAGUGAGCUAGUAAAAACAGAUUUUUGAUAUAAUUUGUUUAUUUUUCUUCCUUUUUUAUUUUUAGGCUUUAUUUAAUCCUGUUAAGUUACAUGCUACUUAAGCGAGUCUCAGUGUUUGCUCUUGGUUUACACAUGUUGUCCCUCGGACGCCUAUUUUAUUUGUUUAUAGUUGUGCCAUUCUGUGUGCCAUGCUUGUGUUCUGAUUGUGUCGGAUUUGUUUGUGUUGUGAGCUCCUUUGUAUAUUACUUAAUCAAUUCCAUUAGUAACAUAAGGGAGGCAGGGUGUUUGAAUAAUUGUGGCUGUGUCUCUGUACGUGUUACAAAUGAACUUUCUUAUCGUUUAAUUUAAAUUUUAUGUGAAACAUUGUGGCGUGACUGUACUGCUUCCUUUGUAGCUUGAUUCCUUCUUCUCUACCUGUUGUUUUUCUGUUACCUUCUAUCGACUUCCUUGCUUAAUGAAAUAUUUCUCGUGAUUGUCUCAGCCACCUUCCACAAUUUUUAAAAAAGUAUAGGGUGAGGGUGGGAAUUGUUUAUGUUCGCAUUUCAAGGAUAAGGAUUUGUAUCUAAUGAAGACAUACUUUCAAAAAUACUCUUAAAGCGGGUAUAGUAGCACCCUGUCAGCUUUUAUCUUGCCUCACUUCUUUGCAAAGAAUGAAUAAGUGUACUACUUUUAGUGGAGUAUUGUGCUAGUCUGAAGUUCCAUACUGAUAACAUUUUUGACCAUCAUCUCCUUUUGUCAGCCAUGUGGUAUUAAUUAUUGUUUCAGGGGGGUUACCUCUAGUUGUAGAGGUAUUGUUACAAAACUUAAUCUCCCUGUUCAUUGCUGAGAGUAUAAACCCAAAGUUUACACCCUCUUAAUGACAAUUGUUUGGUGUGUGUGUGUUUGUGUGUCUGCUACAAAGUAUCUUGCAUCAUCAGUGUAUGUUCUUGUCAGAAUACAUGGAAAAGGAACUCACAAAUAAAGUUCUUAUUGUGGA